CGAAAGCGUUGUUGGCCCAAUUAAACUCUCUGCUCACACACAUACACACGGACAGAAUAGCAAGCAUAAGUGUAAUUUGGGUCUCUUGUUGUCUGCUCAUGUGGAUGCCCUAAUCUCGUCGGUCAUACGCUCACUCCUUCGCCCACUCGACUUUGAAGUUAGUCAGCACAUACUCCUGCACACACAAGGACACCGCACACGUGCACGUCUCGUCAUAUAUUCAUGCCCGCCAGCUGCCUGCCCUUCUGCUCACCUCAUCGACGCGUGGGUGGCGGGCGAACUUAUCGACACCCCUCCCAAACACGCACACCUUGAUGUACCCCUGCUGCCCUACAUGCACACAAGAUAUGGCCACAGCGGCUCAUCCCCUGGGCACAUUUUUAUUCUCCGUGUGUGGCUUACGCUGUCGUCGCUAAGCAGCAUGCUAAACAUGCGCCCCACCCGGCCGUCCCGCUUCAUGUAGUCUUUGAUGCCCCCCCUGCACAAUUGAGGCAUAUACAUGAGGUCGUGUGAUGUGUUGUCGCUUGCGCUUACACGCGCCUCACACGCCCUCGUAUGGCCGUUCGUCGGCCGGUCCUUCUCCCCACCACCAGGUCCAUGAUCCGGACCUCAACCACUGCACUCAUGUGCAAAAACAUCCAUCACACAUUGCAUGGUGCUUUGCUGAUGCAUUCCUCUUGCAACGAGCUUACUGGCGGUACGGCGGGGGUUGGAGUUUCUUCGUGUUGCCUUGUUGGCCAAACAGAUCACCAGCAGCAGCGACGCGAAUUGUGGAACACACACACUCCGCUCGGUUUUGACCCCAAGUGGGGCCUGAAAACCCUUACCCUUGAAGCGCAAACCCUACUCUGCCCACCACCAACACACUAACCAAACCAAACUCCUUCGCCUCCCUUCACGGGCAGAUCUACCUUCGGUUGACUGUGCCUCUCGUCGGCGAGAGAGAUCUGCCGCACUCGUCGGUCAGCCAGCCAUGACGCCUCUCUCUCGACAACGGGAUCUCCUGGACUUGCGGCUGCCGACACCGGAGCAUCCCUCUCCGUGUGCUGCCAUUGCCCUUCAGCAGCCGCACUCGACCAACGACCUGCACGCCGGGGCUGCUGACACAAACCCGAGCAGUGAGCUCCAAACUCGCGCAAUGCCACACGACGGGCGAAUGACACCUGUGCAUCUGUCUGCUGCAGACACACAAAGGGCUGUGUUUCGCUUGCUUCGUGAGCGGAGGGCUUGGCGCUGAUUGCGGACAUUCUGUGUGGCCGGGGCACGCACACGGCGGCGACUUGCCUGUGUCCAUCUCUGUGUGUGUGGAUGUGUGUAUCAGGCGUCGAGGGCGGUUGGUAUCGGCGCAUCACUUCACAUUCUCUGCAGAUAAGUCGCGUCUACUCAUCGACGGCACGUCCGUCUCACACGAAUUCUCCCGUCUAUACAUCACGAUAAUACAGCAGGUAUUCUACAUACGACUGGGCUACGUCGUAGACGGCCAGCUGCACACACAAAGAGAGGGAAAUCACAUCAAUGACGUCCCUGCUUGCGUGUGUCCGUGUCAGUGCGGCUCAGCUCACCUCGUGGUGGUGCAGUCGGAUCGCCAUACUUCCCUCCCUCGCCAGCACGCUGUCGAAGCCGUGCGGUGCCGCCCGAGCAUCGUUGCGGGUACUCCCGCAAGCGUCGAAGAGGCGGCCGAGGGUCACGCGGCAGAGCAGCAUGACCCUCAGACCGCCCCUGCCCGGCUGGCUGAAGGCAUGCACUGCAUCGACACACGCAUAUACACAUCAAGGUGAGUGACUGCAAUGGUGGACACGACAUAAAUGAAUGGGCUGAUGGGUGUCACGUGUUUCUCUCACCCUUGCAGGCCUGUGUGGCAAAGUAUGAGGCGUGUCCCAGCAUCCCGCUACUCACCGAUGGGUCGAGGCCGCCCGCGAAAAUCCCCUGCACGCACACGUACGGACACACACAAGUCGACGCAUCACAUGCAUUGUCCAUCCCCUUGUUGUCUGUUGUCUGUCCGUCUGUGUGCUUACCUCUACAGCAUCCAGCUUCGUGCCGUGGAACAUGUAGUACUCAUUUAUCGACGGGUCUACGCCCGUGCCGUCCACCGGCCCCUCGUCACCCUCUUCCCCCAUCGCCCUGGCGAGCUGGUGGGUGGGCACACCCAUGUCGGCCAAAGUGCGCAUGCCGCCGCUGCCGGCCCGGCCCGCCCUGAUGGCCUCCCUCGCCACGUAGGCGCUCGCGUGGUGUUGGUGCCACACACGCAGCACCCGCACCACGCCGGUGUUGAGGAGGGAGCCGAUGUGGCGGCAGUGGCAGUGGCCAUGGCGGCGGUGUCCAUGGGACGUGCGGCGCAGCAGGUCGCUGAAAAGCGCCACCGUUGCGGCCGUGACGUCCUCCAGGACGUACCCUGGCCCCUGCAGGACGGGGAAGGGGGACGGGCUGGGGAUGUGCUGGGCGGGAGCAACGGCAGCAACGCCGUGGAUUGCCACAACGGCGACCAU